AUGGAGAAACAAGGAGCCUCCAUAUUUUAUCUGAAUACAAAAACAGACCUGAGCUUUGAAGGAAUGCAGGAAUUCAACAGGGCUGACUCCCUAUCAAAGAUAAAGAACUAUUCAGAAGUGACUGAGUUUAUCCUACUCGGAAUUCCCCAUACAGAGGGUCUGGAGAAAGUGCUCUUUGGCAUCUUCCUAUUCAUCUACAUCUUCACCCUGCUGGGGAACUUCCUCAUCCUCGUGGCCAUCAUCUCUUCCUCUCGCCUUCACACACCCAUGUAUUUCUUCCUGGGACUCUUAUCUACUUUUGACAUAUUUUUUCCUUCAGUGAGUUCUCCCAAAAUGCUGGUCUUUCUCUCAGGUAAUAGCCGAGUGAUCUCUUAUAAGGGUUGUGCCUCCCAGCUCUUCUUCCAUCAUUUUAUGGGGUGCACUGAGGGCAUUUUAUACUCUGUGAUGUCCUAUGACCGUUUUGUUGCCAUCUGUCACCCACUGCGCUACUCAGUCAUCAUGAACCCUAGACUUUGUGUGAUCCUUGCCACAUGCACCACUUUGAUAGGCUGUAUCCAUGCCACUAUACUGACAUCACUCACCUUCCAGUUGCCUUACUGUGGCCCCAAUGAAGUAGACUAUUACUUCUGUGACAUUCCUGUCAUAAUACCUCUGGCUUGUGCUGACAACUCACUGGUCCAGAGGGUGGGUUUUACUAAUGUUGGUCUUCUGACUGUAACAUUACUUUUCACUAUUCUUGUCUCCUAUACCCGCAUUGGGAUAGCCAUUUUGAGAAUCCGUUCAGCUGAAGGCAGGAGCAAAGCUUUCUCCACCUGCAGUGCCCACCUUGCUGCAAUCAUGUGUGCCUUUGGACCAAUUAUUAUCAUCUAUAUUCAGUCCACACCCAACCCUUUGCUUGGUGCUGUGGUUCAAAUUUUGAAUAACAUUGUCUCACCUAUGCUGAACUCCUUAAUCUAUUCCCUGAGGAACAAGGAAGUAAAAAGAGCCUUGAAAAGAGUGUUUUGUGGAGCAGGACUUAUUUCAGAGGCCUAA